CCAAACAUGAAUAUGCGUAGCCCUCGUGUCGUGCUUAUUACAACGUGUUUCAUCAACUAAAAAUCUUUUUAAAAACUUAUUCUAUGUUUUGCAAGUUGCUCACCCUUCUCUUCUUUGGUGUCUUGCGAGACAUCAUUAUCAACCCUUUUUAAAUAUAAUUAAUCGUACGAUCAUUAACUAUGAUAUUUAUGCAUUAUGUUAAGAUCCUAAAACCGAAUUAUGAAGAAUAAAGGAAAAUAGAAUCAAAAAGACCUAUAAAGAGCAAACAAAAACCAAAGGUCUCUCUCCGUGGUUCUUAUUACGCUCUAAUAAUGGAAGACUCAAAGACUGAAGAUGAUGAUGCAAAGACAAAGAGAUAAGCGUUGUGUGGUCAAAUCUUGAACAUGCAACUUCGACCAAAGAUCUAGAUAUCAAGAAACACAAGCGUGUAAUCAAGAACACCAAUGAAGACUAUCUAUGUGUUGGUCUUCUUCUGCUUCCUCCUCUUUCUCAUAGCAAAAGCAAGGACCACGAACCAGACAGAUUGCCCAACAUUCAACUGCGGAAACCUCGACUUCGACUUCCCUUUCUUUAGCACAGGCAUGCCGUCUCGAUGCGGUCUGUUCAAGAUGAAUUGCAGUGGUCACGAGGUUCUAGAGAUACAGCUUGCGGAAAACGGGAGUUGGUAUAAAGUCACGAGCGUCUCUCAAGCCCUCACCAUAACCAUCACCGACCCAAGGCUUAACCGAAGCUUGGAAACAGGAACCUGCAGUGACUUGUCAAGCUUCUCUCUUCCAGAUUCGCCAUGGCUCGAGUUGACCACUUUGUACAAAUGCAACAACAGUAUGAAUAAGAAUGGUUUCGCUUAUGCGAAUUGCGGAGGAGGAGGAAGCAGCUUGUACUACUCAAAUUUGGGAGAAAGUCAUAAUGAGACAGGGUGUUCAGCUUUCAAAACUCCACAGAGCUGGGUGAUUCCAAAAAACAAGAGCCUCUCUAAUGUAAAUGCUACCUUCUCUCUCCAUUUAAACCUGCCUGGAAGCUGCUAUAGGUGCCAUCGACGAGGCGGAGAAUGUAAGAUGAACGAAGGCGAGUUCUACUGCGUUGGAGCACUUAUAGAUCCAAAAAGCCACGAUCCAAAAAGCCACGAUCCAAAAAGACAAGAGAAGUUGAAGCUAGGAUUAGGAAUCGGAGGAUCACUCAUCUUGAUAAUCAUCUUGGUGGCACUCUUUAUCAUCAUCCAUAGGAGUUGCAGAAAGAGAACUAGUCCAGAUCUACUCUCUAGAGACAACUCCAACGUCGAGUUUAGCCAUGUCUUCUUCAAGAUACCAAUCUUCUCAUACAAAGAACUUCAAGAAGCAACAGACAACUUCAGUAAAGACAGAUUACUAGGAGAUGGAGGCUUUGGCACUGUCUACUACGGAAAAGUCCGUGAUGGACGAGAAGUCGCAGUGAAGCGUCUCUACGAACACAAUUACAGAAGACUUGAGCAGUUCAUGAACGAGAUAGAAAUCCUCACACGUCUCCAUCACAAGAACCUAGUCUGCCUCUACGGAUGCACUUCACGCAGAAGCAGAGAACUUCUCCUUGUCUACGAGUUUAUACCAAACGGCACAGUCGCUGAUCAUCUCUACGGCGAAAACCCAAAGAACCAAGGCUACUUAACAUGGUCAAUGCGCAUGAGCAUCGCCAUAGAAACAGCUAGUGCAUUAGCUUACCUCCACGCUUCGGAUAUCAUCCACCGCGACGUCAAGACCACAAACAUUCUCCUCGACGAGAACUUCGGAGUCAAAGUCGCCGAUUUCGGGCUAUCGAGGCUGUUACCGAGCGACGUGACCCACGUCUCGACCGCUCCUCAGGGUACACCGGGAUACGUGGAUCCAGAGUAUCACCGGUGCUAUCAUCUAACCGACAAGAGUGACGUAUACAGCUUUGGAGUGGUUCUUGUGGAGCUGAUAUCAUCGAAGCCUGCUGUUGACAUAAGCAGGUGCAAGAGUGAGAUCAACCUAUCGAGCUUAGCUAUAAACAAGAUACAGAACCACGCGACACACGAGCUCAUCGACCAGAGUCUUGGAUACGGAACGAGUGAAGGAGUUAGGAGAAUGACUACGAUGGUGGCAGAGCUGGCAUUUCGGUGCUUGCAGCAAGACAGUACAAUGAGACCUACGAUGGAACAGGUCGUGCAAGAGCUUAAGGGAAUCCAGAAUGAAGAAGAGCAAAAACGUCACUACUAUAAUUACAAAGAAGAGACAGUAACUCCUCAUCCUUCGCCACCGGAUUGGGGUGAGGCUUCGCUGAUACAGAAUAUGAAGUUCCCACGCUCACCUAUCUCUGUGACUGAUCCAUGGACCAGUAAGUCAACCACACCCAAUACUAGUGCCUACGACUGCUAAGAUCCAAUCAGGUGUAAAGGUUGAGGACACGGAGUUGUUGAAGCUGUAGGUACGGAGAUAGUGCACAUAGUGACAUAACUUGUACUACUAGUCACCAAUUUUUCAGUGUCGAAUUUUUGUUUAUCAUACUCAACAUAUGUAACUGUAUGUAGUAUUUGACUCAAAGGUACUAAGGAAGAAAAAAGCAAAAAAAUUGACUCAAAAGGGUUUCCUUGACUUAGAUUACUUACACCUUACUUCACAGCUCUGCUAUUAUUUCAGGUUUUUCUUGUCUAAUACCAGAAACUAAUAUGCAUACACAUUGGUAUAAUAUAAAGGCAAG